UGGAUGACGAGAGGGUUCUUUGGAAUAAUCAGAAGGGGGUUCUACACAGAGAGAGAGAGAGAGAGAGAGAGAGAGCGCGCGCUAGGCAACGCACAGAGAUUAAUCAAUUCCAAUGGCGAUGAUGGCAGGAGAGUCGGUGGUUCCGGCGAACAGGGGACGGGGACAACUAUGGCUACGAGAAGCCCUCCGCCAUCCAGCAGUGGGCCGUCGUCCCCAUCAUCAUGGGCCGCGACGUCAUCGCCCAGGCCCAGUCCGGCACCGGCAAGACCUCCAUGAUCGGCCUCACCGUCUGCCAUACCGUCGACACCUAGUCCAGAGAGAGUACACUAUACGCUUCUUGCAAAAACCCAAGUUUCCUUAGAACUAUGUCGUUUUAGGGUUUCAGUAAUUUUGAAUAACAUAUCUAGAGAGUAAAAGCUUCUCACAAACCCACCUUGCCCUCUUUUUUUUACUGGGUCGUGUAUUUAGGUACGCGAGUAUGUAUAUUUAGGGUUUCGUAUUUGAUCUGGAAAUCCUGUAUGUUAUGGCUUGGUGUAUGUUGUUUGUAACAGAACCCCAGUUUCGAUUUAUGUCUUGUUUACUCUUGCUAGACCGUCAACACCCAGUCUAGAGAAUACGCCACGCUUCUUGCGACACCUAGUUUCGUUUUAGGGUUUGAGCGUUUUAUGUUGUUUCUGGAUGAAUAGGGUUUGUCUUUUCUUCAUAUUUGGUUUCGGAAAUCCUGUAUUUUACAAUGUUCUAAAAGUCGCUAGGCGCUAGUCAGGGGGUCGGCCACCUUCGAGCAAUUAAUCGGAUUGAUCAGUGCAUAUUAAUUAGUAAUCGGCGAUUAAUGGUUAGUCGGACCUAAUCGGAUAGGCCCUGCCAAUGAUUAAUCGCCAACUGAUCGCCGAUUAAUUCCUUAUUUUAGAACACUGGUAUUUUAGGGCUUGGUGAAUGUUGUUGUGGCAGAACCCUAAUUUUGAUGGAUUUAUUGUUUUCUCUUGUUGCUAAUGCAUUUGGUUGCAAUUUUCAAUCAUACAAUAAUUUCCUCCUUGAUUGCCCUCGCCAUUUGCCAGUUUGUACCCUAAUGUCCUUGCCCCUCUUCUCUUUUUUGGGGGUUGUGUUUUGAAAUAAUUACUCUAAAGUUACAUAAGUAUGCGUGUUUGGGGUUUUUGCGUUUUAUGUUGUUUGUCGACACGUAGGGUUUGUCUUGUUUUCGUAUAUGAUUUAUCCUGAAUUCUAGGGCUUGGAGUAUGUUGUUUGUUAGAGGACUGUAGUUCUGAUUGAUAUAUUUUUCUUUCUGUUCUUCCCAGAUUAUAACUUACAUGCUUAGAGAGUACGCUAGGCUUCUUACGAAACCCUAAUUUCCUUAAGGACCUUAACUACAUCUUUUGAGGGUUUCUGCGUUUUUUGUUAGUUUCUUUAUAUUGUAGCAUUUGCUUAGUGUUUGGUAGCAUUUUAUAAUCAUACUGACACAUUUUCUAUUUUUGGGUCACUAUUAGGGGAACACCCAUGGUAUUGCCCCAAAUACUCUCAUCCCAAUUGAUGAUAAGAACUUAUCUUAGAUGGGCUUGUGUAUGGGGGUUGGGUACAUUGUGGAUGACUGCAUGUAUAUGUUCAAGUGUCUGAUUCAUCUAAUUCCCAUCUUAAAAACACAGGGACAUGAAAGAUAGACAUACUAAGUUGUUAACAAAUCUGUGUUUUGGUCCUAUAUGUUCCUAGGAUAAAUUUGUUUUUAACAAGUGCUAUAUGUUAUACUAUACACAAUGUGCAAGAUUUAUGCAGAGUUUUUUGGUGAACUCAAAUUACAAAACCCAUACCCUUAAUCGAGUGCCUGAUAAGGGUACUUUUGAUCUUGUGACUGACAGAAAACAUUGCUUUGAAAAGCCAGAGUCGUGUUCAUCAAUAAAGCAUACAAGACACAAAGUUAACAUGCCAAAGUUCGGAGCAGGCCCGCUGUGAAACUUCUAGUUUUCCUUUUUCAAAUUACGCAAUGAGUUGCGUAAAGGUAUCCUGAGACUCACCAUCAAAAUCAAAAUAUACAGAGGGGGGUAUCUUGAGAUUAAUCAAACAACGAUUCCUGUCUCUUCGGGGAACUCGGUUGAAUAACUGGAGGAUGGUGAUUGGUUGGGCAAACUUUAUGUGGAAAAGAUGGGUGUAUUGGCUUAUGGAUGAAAAAGAGAUGUGGAAAAGAAAAAAGCAGUGUGCGAUUGACUGGACUAGCUGAUUAUAAUAUUCAAACAAUUUCCUCUUUCUACAAUAGUCAAAAGUUCAGUUAACUUCUUUGUUAGCUUUUUAAUAUCUUGCAGCUUGAUAAAUUUCAUUUCAAUCUCACAGGGUCCAAGCAUUGAUACUGUUGCCGACACGGGAACUGGCUACUCAAUUAGCCCUUGGGAAUUUAAUUAACAUACAGGCCCAUGCAUGCGUUGGAGGCAAAAGUGUAGACUAGGAUAUCAGAAGACUAGAAAGUGGACUUCAUGUGGUGUCUGGAACUCCUGGGAGAUUUUGUGACAUGAUCAAGUGGAGAACAUUGCGGACUACAGCUAUCAAAAUGUUGGUUCUUGUGGUUUUGAUAUCUGCUACCCUUCCUAAUGAAAUUUUGGUGAUGAAGAGCAAAUUUUUGAAUGAUCUUGUUAUGAUUCUUGUUAAACGUAAUGAGUUGACUCUUGAGGUAUCAAGUAGUUCUUUGUUGCAUUAGAAAGGGAGGAGUGAAAGUUUGAUACUUUAUGAUACCCUUACCAUCACCCAGGCUGUUAUUUUCUGCAACACAAAGCGGAAGGUAAAGCGUACAUUUCUUGUCUUGGUCAACUCCCUUGUAGUUUCAACUUACAUGUCCAUCUCUACUGUUUUUCCAUCCAGUUGAUCAAGGGACAUAUUGGCUGCUGAAACUUUCUGACCAUUUGGUUGAUUGGCUAACUGAGAAGAUGCGUAGCAACAACUUUACUGGUCUCUUCUAUGCAUGGAGAUAUGCCUCAGAAGGAGAAAGAUGCAAUAAUGAAAGAGUUCCGGAAUGGUGACACCAGCGUUCUAAGCACUACUGAUGUUUCGGAUCGAGGGCUGGAUGUUUAACAGGCAAGAACUCUCUUUCGUUUAGUUGUUCAUACACUUUUGUAGUAUUCUGUGAAGUUUCCUUCCGGCUGCAAUUUACAAAGGGAUCAGUUAACAACUAUGUCGACAAUUGAUGAUGCUAUUUAUGUACUAAGCUAAUCUAUAUUUAUGUAGCAUAAUUUCUAGCCUAGGCAGAUCUAAUUCAAUUGGCAAUUUCGGAUCUUGAAAACACAAAUUGGUAGAUUCGAUUUUACCUCGGUUUAAUACGGAUUAAAAUGUACAUACUAGAUCCGAAACGUACUUGUUGCCUCGAAUCGAUGUUGCCUUGGUCUACAUGGAUCGAAUCUUACAUACUUACAUCAAAUAAGUAUUUGUUGCCUCGAAUUGCAAGAGUUGGAUCAAUUUUAUUGAUCCUAUAGUAGGUGUAAAGACUACUGAUCACUAAGUGAUAAGAACUCUGAAAGUGCAUUUCAGAUUAUACAAUCAGAAAAAUAGUGGUUCCUACUAGGUUAACAAGACUACUGGCCACAAUAAGUAGCUCGUAGUAGAAUUCUACUGGUCACUGAAAAAGUGAUUCUUAGUAGAGGGCCACUGGCUACAGAGGAGUGAAUUUGUCAAAAUCUAGUUAGACCAAGUAUCUUUGAUGUGUCUAAAACACGUUGCUCUGAUUCAAAGAAAGGCCCAAUUCAUCUUAUGAGUCCAGUAUUGAGAAAUAUUUGUUGCCUCGAUUGGUUUUGGAACAUGUGGAUGUGAUGUUACGUCGACUUAAUAUGGAUUAGAGUUUACAUACUAGAUCCAAAAGGUACUUGUUUCAUUGAAUUGAUGUUUCCUCCGUCAAAUAUGAAUUAAAGCUUAAGUACUAGAUCCAGUAAGCAUGUUGCCUCGAAUCAAUGUCGCCAUCAUUGAAAGAAUUGGAUCAAUUUUAAAGAUCCCGAAAUUUACGUUUUGCUUUGGUUGAAAAUAAAAGGAUGUUUGCUUUAUGAGAUGGAAAUAAAGAAGUGGUUCUCGAAAUUUGCGUUUUGCUUCGGUUGAAAAUAAAAGGAUCAUGUUUGCUUGAUGAGAUGGAAAUAAAGAACUGGUUCCUACUUCCUAGUAAUGUAUGAUUGCUGACCACGAGAGAAACACAUGGCGGUUGGUAGGCAUUUAGACUUUUAGUCAUCUGAAGGAAAAAUAGUGAAACACGACAGUUAGUAGGUGUUUAGACUACUAGUCAUGUGAAAAAAAAUCAUUCCUAGUAGGUGUAAAGACUACUGAUCACAUGACGGUUUGUAGGUGUUUAGACUACUAGUCAUGUGAAAAGAAAAUAGUGAUUCCUAGUUGGUGUAAAGAUUACUGAUCACUAAGUGAUAAGAAUUCUGAAAGUGUGCAUUUCAGAUUAUGCAAUCAGAAAAAUAGAGGUUCCUAGUAGGUUAACAAGACUACUUGUCACAAUAAGUAGCUCCUAGUAGAAGGCUACUUGGUCACUAAAAAAGUGAUUCUUAGUAGAGGGCUACUGGCUAAAGAGGAGGGAAUUUGUCAAAAUCUUGUUAGAGCAAGUAUCUUUGAUGGGUCUUAUACAUAUGAUGCUCUGAUUCAAAAGAAAGGCCCAAUUCAUCUUGUAAGUACUGUAUUGAAAAAUAUUUGUUGCCUCGAUUGGUUUUGGAACAUGUGGAUUCAAUGUUAUGUCGGUUUAAUAUUAGCCCUUAAGAAUUUAAUUAAUAUACCGUCCCAUGCACGCGUUGGUCGCAAGAGUGUUGGCGAGGAUAUCAGAGGACUAGAAAGUGGAGUUCUUGUUUUGUCUGGAACUUCUGGAAGAUUUUGUGACAUGAUCAAGCGGAGAACAUUGCAGACUAUAGCUAUCAAAAUGUUGGUUCUUGAUGAGUCUGAUGAGAUGCUAAGCCGUGGUUGUAAGGAUCAAACUUAUGAUGUCUACAUAUACCUACCACCAGAGCUUCAUGUGGUUUUGAUAACUGCUACCCUUCCUAAUGAAAUUUUGGAGAUGACGAGCAAAUUUAUGACUAGUCCUGUUAGGAUUCUAGUUAAAAGUGAUGAGUUGACUCUUGAGGGUAUCAAGCAGUUCUUCGUUGCAGUAGAGAGGGAGGUGUGGAAGUUUGAUAUUUUGUGUGAUCUAUAUGAUACCCUUUCUAUCACCGAGGCUGUUUUUUUUUCUGCAACACAAAGUGGAAGGUAUUGGUUUCAAUGGUCUUGUUCAUGAUAUUGUGUGUUGAUGUACUUAAUGUCUCACAGUGAUGCAAAUAAUCUAUUCUCCAAUAUAUAAAGGGAGAGCACCAUUUGGUGUGACCUUUUUUUUUGAAGCCGUGUCACAAAAGUGUUUUCCAAAAUUGCCCCACUUAUUGAUCUGUUUCCUAUUCUUAUGGGAAGUUAAAGGUUGGGCAAAAUAGUAAGCUCACAUUUCAACUCCUCACCCACGUUGCUACUCAGAGACAAUAACUGCCCAAAAAAAAAAAACCCCAAUUCCUUUCUUCUAUUUUCUUUUUCACGCAAACAAUGGUACUCUCUCUCUCUCUCUCAAACUACUCAAUUGCAGUUCUGUUUGCUUUCACAAUUUCUUGAUUUGUGACAUAAUUUGGAAAAAGCCAAGGAAUAGGUUAAAGAUUUCACGUUAAAUUGCAGCCGAAUUGAAUCAAAA